GGGGCGGCGGCGCCAUGGCGGGAGCGGAGCGGGGACAGCGGGGACAGCGGGGACAGCGGCACGGGCACCCCCCGGGCCGGCUGCUGCUGCUGCUGCUCGGGGGGCUCGCCGCGCUGGCCGCAGCCCAGGUGACCUCGGAGGACCAGGAAGUGCCGGAGCACAAACCCGUGGAGGUUCGCUGCGCCGCGUUCCGCUCCGGCUCCGGCAGCGCCCGGAUCGAGUGGAAGUUCCAGAGGGGCUCGUCCCUGGUGCUGAUCUACUACGGGGGGGAGCUCACAGAGCCGUACCAGGACCGUGUCCAGUUCUCGCCCACGUCCAUCCGGUUCCGCUCGGUGACGCGGGAGGACAGCGGGAAGUACAUCUGCGAGGUGGUGGCCGAUGGCAGCCACAUCGCCAAGUCCGAGGUCAACCUCAUCGUCCAAGGUGAGGCCACCCUUGCCCCGGGGAAGCCGCUGGCGCACGUGCCCAGCUCUGCCACGGUGGGUGCCCGGGCCGUGCUGCGCUGCUCCGAGGGCCAGGGCUCGCCGCCGCCCACCUUCCGCUGGUACAAGGACGGCACCGAGCUGCCCCCGGACCCCAAAUCCAGCCCCGCCUUCCGCAACUCCUCCUACAGCCUGGACCCGCGCACGGGGGAGCUGAUCUUUGAGCCCGUGGGGGGCUGGGACACGGGCGAUUAUCACUGCGAGGCCUCCAACAACGUGGGCAGCCCCCAGAAAUCCGACGUCUUCCGCAUGGAAGCCAGCGAGGUGAACGUGGGCGGCAUCGUGGCCGCCGUGGUGCUGCUGCUGCUGCUCCUGGCGCUCGCCGCGCUCGGCAUCUGGUUCGCCCACAGGCGCGGCUACUUCGGCAGUGAUGCCGGCGGGAAGAAGGUGAUUUACAGCCAGCCCUCGCGGCGCAGCGAGGGCGAGUUCAAGCAAACCUCCUCGUUCCUGGUGUGAAGUCGCCUCCGCCCCCCCGGACACUUUUUCCCAAUUCCCGGAAUUCCGACGGAUUUUGGGAAUUCCAGCAAGAUUUUGGGAAUCCCAUAGGAUUUUAGGAGUUCUGUGGAAUUUUGGGAAUCCGGCAGGAUUUUGGGAAUUCCAUGGAAAUUUUGGGAAUCCAGCAGGAUUUUGGGAAUUCCAGCGGGAUUUUGGGGAAUUCCAGCGGGAUUUUGGGAAUUCCAUGGAAAUUUUGGGAAUCCAGCAGGAUUUCGGGAAUUCCAGCGGGAUUUUGGGGAAUUCCAGCAGGAUUUUGGGAAUUCCAGCGGGAUUUUGGGAAUUCCCAUGGGAUUUUCGACGCGUUUUUUUUAAAGCCUCACCGGUGCCUUCGCCGCCGCUGCCUCUGGAGCUUGGGGGGCUGGGGGGUCCCUGUGUCCCCUCUGUGUCCCCUCUUUGUCCCCUCUUGUCCCCCUCACUGUCCCCUCCCAUUCCCCCCUUGUCCCCCCCCCCAUUGUCCCCCCUUGUCCCCUCUCUGUCCCCGGGGGGCUCCGGGAGGGGGUGGGGCGGGUGCCACCACCUGGGGACACGUGUCCCACUGGUCCCAGUGGCCCCCCCCCGUACUGGGAGCGUGGGGGGGGUACUGGAAAUAAACCUGUGUCCUUUA